CUGGACAGGGAGACAGAGGGUGCCUGGACUCGGGGUUCGUGCUGGAGACCCCCGUUGCGUGAGCGAGUUGGGGGGGUCAUGGACGCGGCGGUUGUGGCGGGAGGCACGGGGGCUGCGUGGACGAGGCACAAGCAGCAGCAGCAGCAGCAGCCCGACCACGACCUGAGCCACCUGUCGAGCGAGGAGCGCGAGUGCCUGAGUUUCUUGGACAGCGCCAUCAGCUCGGCGGGCGGCUCGGACUAUCUCGAGGAGGCCGGUUCGCCGGGCGACGAGUGGGACAGCGCCGCGGCGGGCGGCGCGACCCCGUGGCGGGUCAACGGCGACGACGCCUGCCACGUGGCGGGAGAUGCCGCGUCGCCCGCGGCGGGCGGCCAGGCGACGCCCGGCCACCAACGCGGGGCAGCCGGGCAGCAGCAGCAGCAACCGCAGCCCCUGCCGCGCCGAGUGAUGACCAACAGACCGCUCGUCCUGCCUGAGCCCCCUUCUCCGGGACCCCAACACUCGGGGCCCCCUUCGCCGGGGUCGCAGUCAUCGGGGCCCCCUUCCCCGGGGUCUAUUUCUUCGGGCUCGUCGUCGUCGGGAUCGCAGGGUUCGGGGUUCCUGUCUCUAUCGGUCCCCUCCUCGGGGCCCCCUUCUCCGAGGCCCGACUCGCCCCUCUCGUCGCCGCAGACACCCCGGCCCGGCACCAAACCCCCGCUGCGCAUCGCCCCCGCGCACGGGAAAGGAUUCAACACCAUCAUCAAAGCCGGAGUGAACGUCACGAAGAGGCGCUCCAUCAUGCUGGCGCUGCUCAACGGAGAAAACCAAGCCGACGACUCCGGCCCAGGGAUGGGGUCGGGUCCCCCCGCGAACCCAAGCGACCCAAACCCGGCGCCGAGGUCCCGGAGUCAGCGCGCCUCCCUGCAGCCGGGGCCGCUCACCGGGGAUUCCGGUUUUCCCUCCCCGCGUGACCCGGCUUUCCUGAGACCCCUCAGCCCCGGCCGCCUACCCCCGUCGUCGGACCCCGGCUCGAAGCCAGGCGGGGCCCAAGGGCUCGCGAACGGAGCGGUGUCCUCGCCGCAGCGGAGGGGUUCGGAGCCCACGACCAAAGACCCGCGGUGGAAGCGGAAUUUUUUCAAGAUUUGAGGCGGCUCGGAGGUUCGCAGAUGGCCGUAUCGGGGGGACGCUGAGCCUUCCCCGCCGUGAUGUCGCGGCCAAAUCCGAGGUCUUGAUUUCGUAAGAACCGGCACGGACUAGGCGGUUACAAAUGAACUGGGAGAAUAACAUUGAACAGCAGGUAAUAGACACGCGCCGCGCGGAGUGAACGCACAAAGUGGCCGAUUUCUGUUAAAAUGACCGUCGCGACGAUGGCAACGCUGUUCAGGAGCGCCUGAUGAACGGUUGAUUUUGUUGAACCGGGUAGAGAGAACUCUGAAGAGAGCGGGAAAGAGUAUCGCUUGCGAGGGUAAUCUGUGUUCACCAAAGUUGACAAAAGCCACAACUUCGAGGUCAAAGUGCAACGACUAAACGUAAAAACAACGGCGUGGCGGAAUAAAUCGAAAAACGGUGCACAAACAGAAAUCAAUUUUGAAUGUAAUAAACCUGCAGUACAACAACACAUUCGAUGUCGUGUAUCGUGAGGAUGGCCUCGACAAAUUAUCUUGAAAAGCCACUCAAGUUAAAAUGAAGUUUCAAUCUCCUGACCACUAAUAACUCACCUGGCCUUCCCCCCACGAGUCGCUCAACCGCGUGUCGUUGCUUAGUCCUGGCGGCUAAACCCGCCGGCAGUGCCACGCUUCCCGUUGGGCACGGCGCGAUGGGCACUGCCCCGGCCUCUGUCUGGCUACGUUGUCCCAGAUCCCUCGAGUCACCAUCCGUAGCGAGGGGCUGCCAUUCUUAGCUCAUUCUUCAAUAAUCUCAGCUCCACCACGAGGACCAGGUGCCAUCUCAAAACUCAGGUUCCUUCAAAGUUCUCGGGUCACUCGAUGUCUCCCCAUGUCAACCAGGAGGACUAUGGCUGUUGUUUCAGGCUCCCCAAGGAACCCUGGGUUCUUCAGGAAUGUCAGAUCUACAAAGAGGCCAGGAUACCAGGUACCUCCAAACAGAAGGUCCCUCGCGGAUCCGAUCUCUCUCAAGAGUACCGAGUAGUUAUCCGGGACCCUUCAGAACCUCGGCUGCCUCCGUAAGGUUCUAGGUCUUUCACGCAACCCAGUUCCACCACGAGAACGCCGGUAUAUUCUACAGGAGGACCCAUGCCUAAAACGUUUACAUUCACACAACGGCAGAAUGGGGAAAAAAAUGUAUCCUACACAACACCAACACGUUGAUUGGACCUGAAGACUUUCCCUCUCGAUACUCAUGAAUACGUGCUGGACAUUCCACAUUCCUAUGGCAGUGGCUAGUUUAUAUCGACUGGACAACAAACUUCUAACAAAGUUAUACUCGUAUAUAUUUUAGUAGUUAGUGUGUGGAAUUAAGUAAUAAAUUAGACAUCUUUGCAAAUUCACCGCUGGAUGAAGGUCUCUCUCCCCUCCCCACGCUGAAAUGGUCACGGGGGGGGGGGGGGUUGGGGGGAGGAGGAGAUGGAUUGUUUGACCGUACUUCACCACGCUGAUUUAGUGCGGGUCGAAUAAGAAGUGGUGGGGGUGCCGGGAUCGGUUUGCACGUCGCUCUGAGCCACCGAUGUCAGCCGUGGUGACCACGCGGCCCCCUGCGUUCGCAUUGAUUGGGCGGGGGGGGGGGCUGCGGUGACAUGGCCAAGCCCGCGAGAUGUCCGUACGAUGUCGCGGCGAUCGGAUCGUCCGUAUCGUAUCGUCCGUACGAUGUCGCAGCGAUCGUAUCGUCCAUUCCGCUAAAUGUCGUGAUUAUCAGUCCUCUUUGUAUCCUUCCAAAGAAGAACGUCUUCUACUCCCCGACCAAUGUUACGUUCAAUGAAGUAAGAAAAAAUGUAAGCUUAAUUAGACAUAAUGCAGGUUAAAUAUUUUGUAUUAUUAAUAGCUGUUCCAAAAUCUAGUCUAUAACAAUGUGCGAUACAAUAGUGAAGGUAACGGAAACCGGCAUCGCGAUAAAUUAUCGAAACCGUGAAAGUUGAUGUCGGGUAUCGCGACCGUCGUAUGUGAGCGGUCUGUGAACCGGCCGCUAAAAUCCCACCGUGCGCUAACCGCCGCGCCACCAAUCCGCCAGAACCACCACAGUGUAGAAUACUGCGGUUAAAAUACAGUACGAAUAACUUUAUUAUCAUGGGCACAAAGGGCGAAGGGGCAGUAUUAUUGUUGUUGUUGUUUGUGUUAAGGAUCGCGUUGUUACAAAGGAGCUACCUGAACUUAGAGAAUUCCACAAAUGCUUGGGCCGUUCUCCAGUUUCUCGAGGGAGCCCACGUGUGUUUUUAUUUUAAGGGAUGACCUCCGUCAAACACUGCACGUGGGUGACCAGGUGACCCGGUCCUCGUGUUUCCAAACAAUCCACUGCUGGAUGAAGACCUCCCCCACACCUUGUUGGUCAUGCUCGGUUGUUUGACCAUACUUCACCGCAGCUUGGGCGAAGGGUGGAGUUGCGGGCGGGGCGGACGCAGGACCGGUCAAGAUAUUUAUCGCCACUGAUGGUAGACGUAGGCAGGAGUCGAACUCUAGGGAGCCGGGUUCAUAGCGCAGUGCGCUAACCACUGUGCCACCGCUCCGACUCCAAGGGUGACCGCUUCCUGGAGCAGCGGGUGGAGACGGGGGGCGAGGAUUCGCCGCCUUGACCACGACCGAUGCUCCAAAGCCUCGCUGAGUCUGAAGACAAUCAGGAGGGACCUGCUACAUUGGGAUGUUUGGCUAAUACCAUUGCGGUAUUGCUCACAGCUGCCCUUAUUUCGCAUUGUCAUGGCUGCGCAGAUUUCCUUUUUUAAUUUUGGCUGCGUCAGUGUUUCAGUUUUGUAGCUGCGCAGAUUUGUUAUUGGUAAUGACUGCGCGGAUUUCUUCUUGGUCGAGGCUGGGGAUUUUAUUUUUAUGGCUACGGCAGAUUUUUUUUUAAAUGUGCGUGGCUGCGCAGAUUUCUUAUCUCUUUGGGCCACACGUAAUCUUCUGGGGGGGAUGGGGGGGGGAUUCCCGUGCUGCGUGGAUGGGGGUUUUAUUUUCAUAUAAUGGCCGUGGCUGCGCACAUUUCUAAGUGGUGUAGUAUAGAAGCACUGGGGCGUGUAGUGGACCCGCGUGACCGAGUGGCCCGGUUCACAAUGGGGCCAGCACGCCGAGCGAUGGAGUCUCUGGGACGCCUCUCAAGGGGUGGUAACGGGCGCUUGAGUAAACAUUGUUAA